AUGGACUUUAAUAGCUCUUCGCCCUUCCCAGAGGGAGUCAUCUCCUUCUUGGACACGGACCUUUACAAGCUUACCAUGCAAUGCGCCGUCUUCAAGUGCUUUCCCGAUGUCGAGGUCACAUAUGCCUACACGAAUCGGACCCCGGACAAGAAGCUCUCGAGGGCGGCAUUUCGCUGGUUGGAGAAGCAGAUUCAGAAACUCGGCAACAUAUCCCUCUCGGCAGAGGAAUACCGUUACCUCGUAGAGAACUGCGACUACCUGACCCCGGACUAUGUCGACUUCCUCAAGGAGUUUCACCUUCACCCGCGCGAGCAAGUGUCCAUCAGCUUCCACCCAGUGGGAGGUACCGACACGGGAUCCGACGACCAGCUCGGCGACACAGACAUCAGCAUCAAGGGCAAGUGGGUCGAGACGAUACUGUACGAGAUCCCCAUCCUGGCCCUGACAUCGGAGGCCUACUUCAAGUUUAUGGACACGGACUGGGACUACGAAGGCCAGGAGGAGGCCGCCUUCGACAAGGGCCUCAGGCUCUUUGAGGCCGGCUGCGUCACCUCGGAGUUUGGCACGCGCCGCCGUCGCGACUACCACACCCAGGCCCUCGUCUUCCGCGGCCUGGUCCGGGCCGCCGACAAGGCCAAGGAGCAGGGCCACACCGUCGGCAGGCUGUCGGGCACGAGCAACGUCCACCUGGCCAUGCGCUUCAACAUCCCGCCCGUCGGCACCGUGGCCCACGAGUGGUUCAUGGGCACCGCCGCCGUCAUCGGGGACUACCGGGCUGCCACCGAGGAGGCCCUGUGCCGAUGGGUCAGCGUCUUCGGCCCCAAGCUGUCCAUCGCCCUGACCGACACGUUCGGCACCCCCGAGUUCCUCAAGGCCUUCAGCAAGCCCGUCCAGGCCGUCGAGGACGGAAAGGGAGGGACGUACCCCGUCGAGAAGCUCACCCAGGCGGAUGGCUCCGCCAAGACGUAUGCCGAGCUGUUCGCCGGUGUCAGGCAGGACUCCGGCGACCCAGAGGAGUUCGUCCGCGUCAUGCGCAAGUACUACGACUCCGAGGGCAUAGACCCAUCUGGGAAGACGAUUGUAUUCUCCGACUCGCUCAACAUUGACCGCUGCCUCCUCUACAAGAAGGCCGCCGAGGCCGAGGGCUUCAACCCGACAUUUGGUGUUGGCACCUUCCUCACCAAUGAUUUCACUCAUCGCAAGACGGGCACCAAGUCAGUGCCCUUGAAUAUCGUCAUCAAGCUUAGCUCGGCGGCUGGCCGUCCGGCCAUCAAGAUAAGCGACAACAUUGGCAAGAACACUGGAGAUAAGGACCUGGUGGCUCAAGUCAAGAAGCAACUCGGUUACGUUGAAAAUGAGUGGGCUGACGGUGACGAGACGUCGAGAUGGGGAAAGGAAAGUGACAAGGCCAAGGCGUAG